UUCUAAGGUUGCCCGCCUGAUCAGUUGUCACUUUUUGUCAAUCCUUUUCAAUACAAAAAUGGCUGCUGUGCAACAAAAUUUUUCGAAAAUGAUUUCGGGACAGCUUCGUAAUAAAGCAAAUGAGUUUCUUAACUCCAGAAAACAUGCGAACAAUCUUGCUGAUAUAUUGCAGAUGUUUGAGGUCGAAACAGACAAUUAUACGCCGCUAAUGCUUACAAUAGAAGUAAUAUUCACCGAACUAUUAAAACGGGGCGAUUUAGUCCAGGAAAUAGUUCCAUUAAAGCCUGCAGAACAAAGUCCAGAAGCGGAGUACACAAGAUGGCUUCGUGAAUGCUACGAGACUGCUCUCGCUCGUAUAUUAGCUUGUGUAAUGAAAGGACGCACAAAUUCUCGGCUGCAAGCUCUUGUCACAGCCUCCAAAUUACUGCAAGUUGAAGGGAAACACCCACUGGAGCAGAGCUCUGGAUAUUACUUCCCAUCGUUCAGAUUGAAGAACAUUUUCACAGUACUGUUGGACUCUGAUAUGUCCAUGUCAGCUCCAUUAGCACGUUUCCAAGAGUUCACAGAGUACAAAGAUGUGCAGCAGUAUGGACUGAAAGUUCUCUCUACCCUGGCAUAUCGGAAGUCUCCCACUACAGUCUACAUGCAGAAUUACUUGGAACUUCUUGACAAACUACUAAUCUCAGAGAUUGCCACUGAGACAAAAACUAAAAAUAACAAAGGUGGUGAUGACCAUGAAGAAGAAUUUAAAGUUCUAUGUGGCACAAAUGCCAAGGUGCCAUUCCCGUACAACCCGGGCGUGUGUCGUCGCUACGCCAACCGCUGCUGGAGCUUCGCGUGCCAGUGGCCGCUGUGCUCGGAGCCGCGCACGCACCGCCGCGCCCUGCUGCUGCUGGUGGAGCGCCUCAUGCCGCUGCUCAGCAAGCCGCACCUCGCCACCGACAUGCUCUGCGACAGUCUCGACGCCGGCGGUCCGAUCAGCAUGCUGGCGCUGCAGGGCGUGCUGGAGCUGGUGCGGCGGCACAACGUCGACUACCCGGACAUGUACGACCGCCUGUACGCGAUGUUCGAGCCGGAGAUGUUCGCCACGCGCUACAAGCGGCGCCUCAUGCACCUCGCCGACAUCUUCCUCAGCUCCACACAUUUGCCUGAGAGUUUGGUGGCGGCCUUCGCAAAGCGUCUGUCUCGGCUGGCGUUGGUGGCCUGCCCGGAGGACGCCGUGGGGCUGCUGCAGCUCAUAGCCAACCUGCUGCUCCGACAUCCGGCGUUGAAGCGCAUGAUCUGCUACGAAGAUACGCCCGCCAUCAUGUCGAGCGACCCGUACGUGAUGGAGGAGACGUGCGCGGCGCGCGCGGGCGCGCUGGGCUCGUCGCUGUGGGAGGUGGCCGCGCUGCGCCGCCACGCCGCGCCCGCGCUCUCCGCCGCGCUCGCCGCCGUGCUCGCCGCCGCCGACCCGCGCCCCGAGCCCUUCAACCUGUCCUCCGGGGACGCCAAGAUGUUUGAUGCUGAGUUGAAGAAAAGAUUCAAAACGAUCGAGAUGAACUUUAUCCGGCCUCAAGGUAUGACUGCGCCCUCUGGCGAACGUCUCAUGCAGUACUGGGAACUGAUGGCUUGAAUAUCGAAUCGAAAUAGUCUAUAAAAAUCCAGUGCGAGAAACCCGGUUAUCGAUACUAAUGUAGAAUUUAAACUUAUCGACUUUAGAUUCGUGUAAGUUAUUGAAAUGUUUAAAAAAUUUUAAAAUUCGAUAUAAUCCUCUCUUGUUAAAUAUAAUAAAUAUAUUUUUACACAGCCACAAUAGUCGUAGAGUGCGAAAGUCGAGUUUCGAAUUAAUCGAUACAAGUCAUCGAUUACAUCCCUGAUAUUCUAAAUGUUGCAUCGUCGUUUUAACGCGAACAACACUAAUGACAAAACACGAAACAUUGUUUCAUGUUUAAAUUUAACAUAACUUAUUCGGCCUACAUAUGGACAUACAUUACGGACUUGUUGAUUAAACAAAUCAUUGUACUGUAUUAAUCGUUAAGGACUAAAAAAAAAACGAAAUGAUCUUAUUAUCUUUUAUUCAGUGUGUGUGACGUGAUACAAACAUUUCAUUAAAACAGUUCAUUACCAAAGUUUAAAGUAAAUUACAUGUGAUUAGCGAUUGAGUUAUUUGAAUUCGAAAUUUAAUAAAAGCUCUAGUACCCCAGUUGUAUUAGGAUCGCUGGUUCGAUCCGAGCACCCGGAAUGUGCUUUAGUUACUGCGUUCGCGGACUUGUUAAACUUUUGAACUCAACACUUUGGACCAGAGAUUUUGAAAACGUUCAAACACGCAUACAAUAAUCUUAAAACGUACACACGGAGAUUACAUUAUCGUAAUAAGAGUACAGCAGUGGUAGUUCCAUUUUUCCAACUGGAAAGACGAAUGUAUUACACCAUACAGCCUAAUAUUUUGUAUACCCUAUUCUCUUUCUUGAAAAAUGAUAUGAAGAUGAUUAUUUUGAGACAUUAAUAAAUUGAGAUGACAUUAAAUGAGAUGUGAUGAUGAUGAUAAUAAUGUGAUGAAAUAAUAUUAUUAUCUCAGUAAAAUGGUGGUAAUUAACUAAGACUUUUUCAAUGGACUUUUUAAAAGAUCCCGAGAAACUACAUCCAGCGGCUUUGUUUCAUUUUCCCACAUUUGUGCACUUACACACAUACUAAACAGUUAAUAAACCACCGUUAUUAUACAUUGAAACCUGAAGAAACACUAAAUAGAUAAAAUAAAACAAUUCACACAACUUCGCUCCUCGUGUUCCCCCAAAAAGUCUCUCAUAGAGUACAGUUAACACAGGCGUUCUUUUUUUUCUCGUAUUAUCAAACGAUUGAGUGUCAACCGCCGGAUCCCGUGAUCAUCACAGCGUGGAUCCCGUUGCUCACCCUGAGAUGAUUUCAUUCUCAAUUGCAUUAGUAGAGUUGUUCCCUACUUCCACAUUACAAAGCAAGACACUUGGUGGCAGAAAUUGACAAAACAGUGCCACUAACUCUACUGGCUAAAAGUACAGAAAGUAGGAAUUGGGGAAAGGAAAUAAAAUUAUGAAGAAGAAAUACUGUAUUGCAGUAACUAGCUGUGAAGGUUUGUGUGCAUCGUCUCAUCAAUGGACUAUUGGUCUACUCAAGGUGUCUCUGGCCCAUGUGACGACCGCGUGCAAUCAUUACCCUAGCGCCCUCUAGUUUAGCGCGCGGUCAGAAUGGAAUAGGUCAAAUGUCAACAGCACCAUAUGUAAAACAGCGUGUAAAAUAAUAUAAAAUAAAAUAUUUUAUCGGAUCAUAACUCACAUGGGCGUUCAAAGGGUUAAUAUCAAAGCAUGGGCGGUUCUCGUUCGGAAUCGUCAAUCGACAAUGUCAUUGUCUUUGGACACUAACAGAGUUCUUUGAUGUCUGGCACUUUUUUUUCCUACCUAAUCUGAUUAGCCUUGAGAGGCUAUAUCAGCGUUGUCUCGCACGUUCACAUUAAAAGUAGAGCCGCAUGUUUUUGUUGAACGUAUAUUUAAGAUAGUUAAAAGUAAGAUUAAAGCAUUUGUAGCGAAAAUUGACGUUAAAAAAUUCACCAAAAAUAACUUUAAAUUAACAAAUACGAAAAAUGUAUGUUUUAGUUUUUAUACAAGACACAUUUAAUUUUUACUUUGAUGGUAUUUUUGAGACUUCAGUAAAACAUUAUGUAUUGAUUUCCUA